AUGGCAGACUUCCUGUUACCUCGGGGCACCAGCAGCUUCCGCAGGUUCACCCGGGAGUCCCUGGCGGCCAUCGAGAAGCGCAUGGCGGAGAAGCAAGCCCGGGGCUCGGCCGCCUCGCAGGAGAGCCGGGAAGGGCUGCCCGAGGAGGAGGCUCCCCGGCCCCAGCUGGACCUGCAGGCCUCCAGAAAGCUGCCGGAUCUCUACGGCAACCCGCCCCGAGAGCUGAUCGGGGAGCCCCUGGAGGACCUGGACCCCUUCUACAGCACCCAAAAGACCUUCAUCGUGCUGAAUAAAGGCAAGACCAUCUUCCGGUUCAGUGCCACGAAUGCCUUGUAUGUCCUCAGUCCCUUCCACCCUAUCCGGAGAGCGGCUGUGAAGAUUCUGGUUCAUUCAUUCUUCAACAUGCUCAUCAUGUGCACCAUCCUGACCAACUGUGUGUUCAUGGCCCAGCACGACCCCCCGCCCUGGACCAAGUAUGUUGAGUACACCUUCACUGCCAUCUACACCUUUGAGUCUCUGGUCAAGAUUCUGGCUCGAGGGUUCUGCCUACACGCGUUCACCUUCCUUCGGGACCCAUGGAACUGGCUAGACUUCAGUGUGAUUGUCAUGGCAUACACAACUGAAUUUGUGGACCUGGGCAAUGUCUCGGCUUUACGUACCUUCCGAGUCCUCCGGGCCCUGAAAACUAUAUCAGUCAUUUCAGGUCUGAAGACCAUCGUGGGGGCCCUGAUCCAGUCCGUGAAGAAGCUGGCCGAUGUGAUGGUCCUCACGGUCUUCUGCCUCAGUGUCUUCGCCCUCAUCGGCCUGCAGCUCUUCAUGGGCAACCUGAGGCACAAGUGUGUCCGCAACUUCACGGCACUCAACGACACCAACGGUUCCGUGGAGGCCGACGGCCUGGUCUGGAAGUCGCUGGACCUCUACCUCAACGACCCAGAAAAUUACUUGCUCAAGAAUGGCACCUCCGACGUGUUACUGUGUGGGAACAGCUCUGAUGCCGGGACAUGCCCAGAGGGUUACCGCUGCCUGAAGGCGGGAGAGAACCCUGACCACGGCUACACGAGCUUCGACUCCUUCGCCUGGGCCUUCCUCGCGCUCUUCCGCCUGAUGACGCAGGACUGCUGGGAACGCCUCUACCAGCAGACCCUGAGGUCUGCAGGGAAGAUCUACAUGAUCUUCUUCAUGCUGGUCAUCUUCCUGGGCUCCUUCUACCUGGUGAACCUGAUCCUGGCUGUGGUUGCCAUGGCCUACGAGGAGCAAAACCAAGCCACCAUCGCUGAGACCGAGGAGAAGGAAAAGCGCUUCCAGGAAGCCAUGGAGAUGCUCAAGAAAGAGCAUGAGGCCCUCGCCAUCAGGGGUGUGGAUACCGUGUCCCGCAGCUCCUUGGAGAUGUCCCCUUUGGCCCCAGUAACCCAUGAAAGAAGACGCAAGAGGAGCAAACGAAUGUCUUCAGGGACGGAGGAGUGUGGAGAUGACAGGUUCCCCAAAUCCGACUCGGAGGACGGUCCCAGAGCAAUGAACCGUCUGAGCAGCGCCCAUGGCCUCAGCAGGACCUCCGUGAAGCCACGCUCCAGCCGUGGGAGCAUUUUCACCUUUCGCAGGCGAGACCUGGGCUCGGAGACAGAUUUUGCAGAUGAUGAAAACAGCACAGCGGGGGACAGCGAGAGCCACCGCACGUCACUGCUGGUGCCGUGGCCUCUGCGCCGGCCUAGUGCCCAGGGACAGCCCAGUCCCGGGACUUCGGCUCUCAGCCACGCCCUCAAUGGUAAAAGGAACAGCACCGUGGACUGCAACGGAGUGGUCUCCUUGCUGGGGACAGGCGACCCUGAGGCCACCUCCCCGGGGAGCCGAUACUGGAUCCCACUACUGUUACAGCAGCCCCCGGACCUUACCACCCCGUCGGAGGAGCCGGGCAGGCCCCAGAUGCUGAACCCCCAGGCUCCACGUGCCGAUGGCUUCGAGGGACCAGGAGAGCGACAGCGGGCACUCAGCGCAGUCAGUGUUCUCACCAGCGCCCUGGAAGAGUUGGAAGAGUCUCACCGCAAAUGUCCACCAUGCUGGACCCGCUUCGCCCAACGCUACCUGAUCUGGGAAUGCUGCCCGCUGUGGAUGUCCAUCAAGCAGAGAGUGAAGUUCAUGGUCAUGGAUCCGUUCGCUGACCUCACCAUCACUAUGUGCAUCGUGCUUAACACGCUCUUCAUGGCACUGGAGCACUACAACAUGACAACUGAAUUCGAGGAGAUGCUGCAGGUUGGAAACCUGGUCUUCACGGGGAUCUUCACGGCAGAGAUGACCUUCAAGAUCAUCGCUCUGGACCCCUAUUACUACUUCCAGCAGGGCUGGAACAUCUUCGACAGCAUCAUUGUCAUCCUGAGCCUCAUGGAGCUGGGCCUGUCCCGCAUGGGCAACCUGUCAGUGCUGCGCUCCUUCCGCCUGCUGCGUGUCUUCAAGCUGGCCAAGUCGUGGCCCACGCUGAACACCCUCAUCAAGAUCAUCGGGAACUCAGUGGGGGCGCUGGGGAACCUGACGCUGGUGCUGGCCAUCAUCGUGUUCAUCUUCGCCGUGGUGGGCAUGCAGCUCUUUGGCAAGAACUACUCGGAGCUGAGGCACCGCAUCAGCGACUCGGGCCUGCUGCCUCGCUGGCACAUGAUGGACUUCUUCCACGCCUUUCUCAUCAUCUUCCGCAUCCUCUGUGGGGAGUGGAUCGAGACCAUGUGGGACUGCAUGGAGGUGUCCGGCCAGUCACUGUGCCUGCUGGUCUUCUUGCUUGUUAUGGUCAUUGGCAACCUCGUGGUCCUGAACCUCUUCCUGGCUUUGCUGCUCAGCUCCUUCAGUGCAGACAACCUCACGGCCCCCGACGACGACGGGGAGAUGAACAACCUCCAGCUGGCCCUGGCACGCAUCCAGCGCGGCCUGCGCUUCCUCAAGCGGACCACCUGGGACUUCUGCUGUGGGCUCCUACAGCGGCGGCCUCAGAAGCCCGCGGCCCUUGCCGCCCACGGCCAGCUGCCCCGCUGUGUGGCCACCUCCAGCUCCCCACCCCCACCGCCCCCAGAGCCAGAGAAGGCGCCUCCGGCCCGCAAGGAGACACGGUUUGAGGAAGACAAGCGGCCAGGCCAGGGCACCCCGGGGGAUACAGAGCCUGUGUGUGUGCCCAUUGCCGUGGCUGAGUCAGACACAGAUGAGCAAGAGGAGGAGGAAGAAAACAGCCUGGGCACAGAGGAAGAGUCCAGUAAGCAGGAAUCCCAGCCUGUUUCCGGCAGCCCAGAGGCCCUCCCAAAGCCCAGGGCCUGGAGCCAGGUGUCAGAGACCCCCUCCUCCGAGGCCGAGGCCAGUGUGGCUCAGGCAGACUGGCGGCAGCAGCGGAGAGUGGAGCCCCCGGCCCCAGGGUGCAGUGAGACUCAGGAGGACAGUUACUCGGAAGGGAGCACAGCAGACAUGACCAACACUGCUGACCUCCUGGAGCAGAUCCCUGACCUGGGUGAGGACGUCAAGGACCCAGAGGACUGCUUCACCGAAGGCUGCGUCCGGCGCUGUCCUUGCUGCGCCGUGGACACCACGCAGGCCCCGGGGAAGGUCUGGUGGCGGCUGCGCAAGACCUGCUAUCGCAUCGUGGAGCACAGCUGGUUCGAGACAUUCAUCAUCUUCAUGAUCCUGCUCAGCAGCGGAGCACUGGCCUUCGAGGACAUCUACCUAGAGGAGCGGAAGACCAUCAAGGUUCUGCUGGAGUAUGCUGACAAGAUGUUCACCUACGUCUUCGUGCUGGAGAUGCUGCUCAAGUGGGUGGCCUACGGCUUCAAGAAGUACUUCACCAACGCCUGGUGCUGGCUGGACUUCCUCAUCGUGGACGUCUCGCUGAUCAGCCUGGUGGCCAACACCCUGGGCUUCGCAGAGAUGGGCCCCAUCAAGUCACUGCGGACGUUGCGUGCUCUCCGACCCCUGCGAGCCCUGUCCCGAUUUGAGGGCAUGAGGCCCCAGGCCCACCCCACAGCCCCGCACCAGCCUCCCUUCCCGUCUGCACAGCAAACACCUUCCCGACUCCCAGACAGCUGGGUGCUUGGGCCCUCAGUGGAGCAGAGUGCCCCCUAUGCUUUUGCCAAGGGAGCUUCUGCUGGGCACUGGGGCCAGGACAUCUUCAUGACAGAGGAGCAGAAGAAGUACUAUAAUGCCAUGAAGAAGCUGGGCUCCAAGAAGCCCCAGAAGCCCAUCCCUCGGCCCCUGAACAAGUACCAGGGCUUCCUGUUUGACAUUGUGACCAAGCAAGCCUUCGAUGUCACCAUCAUGUUCCUUAUCUGCUUGAACAUGGUGACCAUGAUGGUGGAGACAGAUGACCAGAGCCCCGAGAAGGUCAACAUCUUGGCCAAGAUCAACCUGCUCUUCGUAGCCAUCUUCACAGGCGAGUGUAUCAUCAAGAUGGCUGCCCUGCGUCACUAUUAUUUCACCAACAGCUGGAACAUCUUCGACUUCGUGGUUGUCAUCCUCUCCAUCGUGGGCACUGUGCUCUCAGACAUCAUCCAGAAGUACUUCUUCUCCCCAACGCUAUUCCGAGUCAUCCGCCUGGCCCGAAUCGGCCGCAUCCUCAGGCUGAUCCGAGGGGCCAAGGGGAUCCGCACGCUGCUCUUUGCCCUCAUGAUGUCCCUGCCUGCCCUCUUCAACAUAGGGCUGCUGCUCUUCCUCGUCAUGUUCAUCUACUCGAUCUUCGGCAUGGCCAACUUCGCCUACGUCAAGUGGGAGGCUGGCAUCGACGACAUGUUCAACUUCCAGACCUUCGCCAACAGCAUGCUGUGCCUCUUCCAGAUCACCACGUCGGCCGGCUGGGACGGCCUCCUCAGCCCCAUCCUCAACACAGGGCCCCCCUACUGCGACCCCAAUCUGCCCAACAGCAACGGCUCCCGGGGGAACUGUGGGAGCCCGGCCGUGGGCAUCCUCUUCUUCACCACCUACAUCAUCAUCUCCUUCCUCAUCGUGGUCAACAUGUACAUCGCCAUCAUCCUGGAGAACUUCAGUGUGGCCACGGAGGAGAGCACUGAGCCCCUGAGCGAGGACGACUUCGACAUGUUCUAUGAGAUCUGGGAGAAGUUCGACCCGGAGGCCACCCAGUUCAUCGAGUACUCGGCCCUGUCCGACUUCGCCGAUGCCUUGUCUGAGCCGCUGCGCAUCGCCAAGCCCAACCAGAUAAGCCUCAUCAACAUGGACCUGCCCAUGGUGAGCGGGGACCGUAUCCAUUGCAUGGACAUCCUCUUCGCCUUCACCAAGAGGGUUCUGGGUGAGUCCGGGGAGAUGGACGCCCUAAAGAUCCAGAUGGAGGAGAAGUUCAUGGCGGCCAACCCGUCCAAGAUCUCCUACGAGCCCAUCACCACCACGCUGCGGCGCAAGCACGAGGAGGUGUCGGCCACCAUCAUCCAGCGGGCCUUCCGGAGGCACCUGCUGCAGCGCUCCAUGAAGCACGCCUCCUUCCUCUUCCGCCAGCAGGCAGGCAGCAGCGGCCUCUCCGAAGAGGACGCCCCCGAGCAAGAGGGCCUCAUCGCCCACGUGAUGAACGAGAACUUCUCCCGGCGCCGCGGCCCGCCCUCUACGUCCUCCACGUCCUCUCCACCCUCCUAUGACAGCGUCACCAGGGCCACCAGCGAUAACCCCCAGGUGAGGGUGUCCGACUGCAGCCGCAGCGAGGACCUCGCGGACUUCCCCGCCUCCCCAGACCGGGACCGCGAGUCUAUCGUGUGA